AGAGAGAUGCAAUUCAGAUCAAAUGGAAGUCUGAGGAAUCUUCUAAGUAAAUGACUUCUCCAGCUGCAAGGAGAUCAGGAUAUAACCAGGUACCCAGAGGCUCCGGCAUUGGUGUCUUACCAUCUCCAUGGCGUUUCUGGUGUCUUCUUCUGGGGUCUCGUUGGCCAGCCUUGAAAUACGUGGAAAUUAGAGAAUCCACUGCAUAUAGUCUUGGAAAUUUCCAUCGUAUCUGCUCAGAACUUUCUGAAUAAGCAUACAGAUUUGAAGGUGCUAACAACCAAGGAACAAGUGAAAAGGACCGGAAGCAGGUGAGAGGAGGCCAUGGAACAUCCACCAAGCAGAUAAUCAUCGCGGGAUCCUUGCGAAGUGUCUGAAUGUAGGCUGCAGAAGUCCUGAAGGUUGAUGGAGGGCCAUGCUAUUCAAACAGCAGGCGUGGCUCAGACAGAAGCUGCUCGUGCUGGGAAGCCUUGCGGUUGGGAGUCUGCUGUAUCUAGUCGCCAGAGUUGGGAGCUUGGAUAGGCUACAGCCCAUUUGCCCCAUCGAAGGCCGAUUCGGAGCCCGCAGCCAGCCCGAAUUCCCUCUCCGAGCCCUGCAGUUUAAGCGUGGCCUGCUGCACGAGUUCCGGAAGGGCAACGCUUCCAAGGAUCAGGUUCGCCUUCAUGACCUGGUCCAGCAGCUCCCCAAGGCCAUUAUCAUUGGGGUGAGGAAAGGAGGCACCAGGGCCCUGCUGGAGAUGCUGAACCUCCAUCCAGCUGUGGUCAAAGCCUCUCAAGAAAUCCACUUUUUUGACAACGAUGAGAAUUAUGCCAAGGGCAUUGAGUGGUACAGGAAAAAGAUGCCUUUUUCCUACCCACAGCAAAUCACCAUUGAAAAGAGCCCAGCGUAUUUUAUCACGGAGGAGGUUCCGGAAAGGAUUUACAAAAUGAACUCAUCCAUCAAGUUGUUGAUCAUUGUCAGGGAGCCGACCACAAGAGCUAUUUCUGAUUACACUCAGGUGCUAGAGGGGAAGGAGAGGAAGAAUAAAACUUACUACAAGUUCGAGAAGCUGGCAAUAGACCCCAAUACCUGCGAAGUGAACACAAAGUACAAGGCCGUGAGAACAAGCAUCUACACCAAACAUCUGGAACGGUGGUUAAAGUACUUUCCGAUUGAGCAAUUUCACAUCGUCGAUGGAGAUCGCCUCAUCACGGAACCUCUGCCAGAACUUCAGCUCGUGGAGAAGUUCCUAAACCUUCCCCCGAGGAUAAGUCAGUAUAAUUUAUACUUUAAUGCCACCAGAGGGUUUUACUGUUUGCGAUUUAACAUUAUCUUUAAUAAGUGCCUGGCGGGCAGCAAGGGGCGCAUUCAUCCAGAGGUGGACCCCUCUGUCAUUACCAAAUUGCGCAAAUUUUUUCACCCUUUCAAUCAAAAAUUUUACCAGAUCACUGGGAGGACAUUGAACUGGCCCUAAAAUAGUAAGUCCUAUAACACUAUGUGUUGUGGCUGGAGACACACAAUGUCUCCUCUAGAUUAAAAUAUGCACUUUUCUUAGACACAACUAUCCAAGUCGUUUUUUCCAUGUAUACCUGUACAUACACAGUGUGUGACCAAAUAUAAGAUCAAUUUUUUUCUAUUGAAAAGUUACAAAAAUUAAUUUGCUGUCCGAGUAGUUGCAUCUUUUAAGCUAUUUACAAAAAGAAGAGGUGGUGGUAUUGGGGGAAAGUGACUUCAGCUCUUCUCAAAAAGCUUAGUCUUCCUUUGAGUCAGAAUUUGUCGCCCGCCAUUUUCAUAGAGUUAAGCCAAAAGAUUAUGUGUGAAAACGUACCAAUGGCUGUGAAGCUUGGGGAAGUAGAGGACCCAGUUAUGCAUUCUUUUCUAAGGGAAAACUGGCUCUUUAAUUCAGCCACUGAAUCGGUGCCGUGAAAACAGAAAAUACUGUUUUCUUAUUAUUUGAAAGAAUGUCAUAUCUCAUAAAAUUGACAUUGUCCCAAAGUUCCUGUGGUGAUUUUGCACUAUUGUUUUCUCGUAUAGACCAUGGUGUCACUUGUAGCAUGUCAAUCACACUUUGGAAAGUUAAAGUCCUUUUACUUCCAUGUUCUAUGUCAACAAAGAGAAAUGUCAUGUACAUAAUGUAUAUUGUUGUAAAUACUGGUUUCACACUAAGUAAUUCUAUUUUGUAAACUGAAUAUGGCUAUUUAAUUUAUUGUGAAAAUUAAAUUUAUCGUGGUAUUUAAAAAUGGAAUGGAUUAAAAUUACUCUGUGUGCAACCUUUUUUUUUUUU